AUGUUGGGAUUCAAAGAACUUGAUGUCUUGUCCGAGGAUGACAUUGAAAGAUCAAAUGAAGCGCACCUGAUUUUCAUGGAUGUUUUCUACGGAAGAAACAUUGCAGGAGGAGGUGCUAAGCGAAUGAAGCCGUCGGACGGAGGAAAUGAGUACUCCAAUGGCGAUUUACUUAUUCCAGAGAAGGCUCCAGUUCAAUUGAACUCAUCAAAGGAAAUUGUGCUUAGCCUGAAAUCCGUAGACCUGUUUAACAAUUAUCCAACCAAAACAUGCCCAUUGGUUGAAUCAUCAAGUCAAGGUGUUAUAUGUACUACUCACCUGCGUACACGGAUCAAAGAAGUAAGGAGAAGAUGUCGUGCUCGUGAUGGGAAUGCCUCUGAAAGUAAGUGCCGCAAUCAAGUUUCUGAAGCUAAAAUAAUCACAUGUCCUGUUGCACAUACAUCUAUACCUGUUUUACCUGUCCAUGAAAAAUCUCAGGAAUCCUCUCAUUUUACUUCAAAUGCAAUUGAAACCGCUGUGUCGACCAAAUCUUUGAAGGAUUUAUACUCGCGUCUGCGUGGCCAUGUCAACUAUUUACUUAAAGCAGCAGGUUGGGCAGUUGAGAAGAAGCAGAUAGGCAACAAGCGUUGUCUGGAUACGAUUUACAAGUCUCCCAGUGGGAAAACAUUUCCUGCAUUUUAUAAGAUUUGGGGCUUAUUUGGUGAGAGUCUGUUUGCCGGUAAUUACAAGAUGAUACGGCAAGAAAACGGGAAACAGUGGAUGAAUAUUGAAGAGUUUGGCUCUAACUUGUCAGAAAUAUUGAUACAUUUUGAGAAUGAGGAUUGCAGUCAAAUGGAAGCUUCGUAUGCGUUGGUUCAUAAAUGGAGUUUGCUGGAUCCUUUUGUUACAGUGGUGAUGGUGAAGAAACAGAUUGGGAGCCUUAGAAAGGGAGUGACAGUCAAAGCAGCCACAACUGUGGUGUCAGAUUUGAGAGAUAGAAAGGAUAUGCAGUCAGGAAAAGAGUUUGUUGGGGUUACAGACCAGGUCAAGCAAUUGGCAAGUUCGGUGUCAGUGCACAAUAAAUUCGGUAGCACAAAGGUGUCUGGUGACAAUCUGCAUCGUCAGACUGAACAAAAUAGCGUAGUAGUCGGUGAAAAGAGAAAGAAACAGGGUGCAAAAGCUUUGAAAGGUGUUAAAAAGACUACUACUAGAAGGAUUCAGGCCAAGAUAGCGAGAGGAGGCUCUUUGGCUAAUGAUUUGGCUCAAGGUUCUAUGGCGCUGGAAUUAGAGCAAUCAAACUCGAAGGAUCUUAAGGAAACUCAAGGUAAUGAGAAAGCACUGGGAAUUUUUGCACCUGCUGACGCAAUUCCUGAAUUUGGAAAUGCCCGAAACAACUUUGAACUAUCUGAGUAUCGGGAUGGUGAGAGCUGCAGAGGCUCUGAAGCUUCAAAAUUUGAGAUGGACCCAACAUCUGGAACAAUAGGGACAAGGCCGACAAAGAAGAGGCGGAGCGGCCGAAGAAGUGUAAAAGCUUGUCCGGAAUUGAAGUGA